AUGAAUCAAUCUAGCAUGUUCGAUUAAUUAGAUACUCAAACAUCCUAGAGAUAGAUCGAUCCCAUUAAGCAGUCCUUUAUUUCGAGAAACGCUAAGUCAUUUGAUAAGCAUCACAAGUAAAAUAAUAGAACCUUUGUUGAAUAGUCAAACUAAAUAAACAAAAUUACUGCUCAUCAGAUAGUUCACAAGACUAAUGACUUUCAUACAGGAAAUUUGAUCACAAAUGCUAUUCAGGUUUAGAAGACUGACUCUAGGAAUGCCUAUGACAUUAUGAGAGUUUAUAACAGUGAGAUUUAAACUUAGCCUUUCGAAGUGAAGAGGAAGCAACAAACUUUAACUUCACCCAUAAGCAUUCAAAAUAGGCCAAAUACUGCUUAAAAAUUAUCAAAUAUCAAUAACUAACAAAUAAGACCAGUUAUUGACAAUAGUUAUCAGUAAUAAGUAGUUCCUUUCAACCAAUUCAAUACUCUUAGUCAGGAUUCAAAGCAAAACUCUAAAAUUUAGCUAGGGAAUUUCAUAAUUAAGCCUGAGAAUCAGAUUAGUGUUUAUAAGCAGCAACAGAGUUAAAAGGAAUAAAACCAAGGCUAUUAAAUUAUGAGUGUAAAUUAGAUGUUAGGAAAGCAGCUUUAAUUUGCAUCCUUUGUAACUUAAUAACUCUAGGCAACAGAGGAUAGGUUCGGGCCUAGAUUCGAAGACAACAGCUCUUCAGGCAAUAACAUGAAAUCAAAUGCAAAUAAGAAAGCCACAGAGAGUUUCUGGGUCAGAUAUAUAACUAAAGUCUAAAUCUUAAAAGAGGUAAGAUGGGAUCUUUUUGAAGAAGGUCUUUGUGAAUACAUUAAGACAUUCCUCGUUAUGAAUGCCUAGAUAAUCAAAAGAAUUAAUUGGCCAAACUUUCUGUAAAAAUUAAAGUCUCUAAUUUGUGAUGAUCAAUCAACUGGGGAGUUUGAAAAUGCUGACAUUGUGCAUAGACCAUUGGAAGAAGUAGUUGAAUCUUAUACUGGCCCAGUAGUCAGCUUUGUGAAAAUAAUUCAAUUUAGUUAGGAGAUUUCAUUAGAUGGCAAAAUCAUGCAAUUGAUUGAAGAAACUUAGAAUAAGGAUGAUCCUGUUACAGAUUUCAGAUAUUAAUCUGAGAUAAGUUCACCCAAAUCCAGUGUGAUGAAACAAAAACAAUUCAAAGACUCUUAUAACGUUGAGUAAGAAUUAAAAUAAGGAACUAUUCGCUAUUAGUGUGGUAGUUCAUACAGGGGAGACCUGUUUAAAAGUAGAAAGCAUGGCUAAGGAUUACUUAUGCUCAGUAAUGGUGAUUAAUAUGAAGGAUAAUUUAAAUCAGGUUAAAGAAACGGAUAUGGAGUCUAUAUAUGGGGUCCUGAUAACAGAUGUGCCUACAAGGGUGACUGGGUUGAAGAUAUAAGAGAAGGAUAUGGAGAAAUUUAAUGGGAUGAUGGGUCAAGAUUUUAAGGAUAGUGGAUUAAGGGUAGAUUUCAAUCAGGAAUUUAUGUCUGGCCUGAUGGCUCUGAAUAUUCCGGAGAAUUUAAUAUUAUAACUUCAGAUUUGGAGGGUCAAGGUAUACUGACAUUAGAAAAUGAAGUGGUUAGUGGAUUUUGGAAAAACUCUAAACUCAAUGGCUAUGGAAUGAGAAAAUCGGCUAAUGGUGAAGUUUAUAAAGGCACAUGGGUGAAUGGAAAAUUGGAGAACGAAGGAGAAUAUGAAAAUUAGAGCGGAAAAUUUGUUGGAAAAUUUAUCAAGAACAAGGAAAAUGGCUUUGGUACUAAAAUAUUUGCAGAUGGUUCUACAUAUAGUGGGGAUUGGAAAGAUGGACUAUAAAAUGGAAAGGGAGAGUUAAAAUCAGCUAAUGGAGAUAGUUAUUUUGGAGACUUUGUUAAUGGAUUCAAGAAUGGAAGGGGGACUUUAAAGUAUAAAAAUGGAAACGUAUAUGAAGGUGAUUGGAAAAAUGACAUGUAAGAUGGCAUUGGUAAAUUUACACUACCCAACAAUAAUAAAGCGAGUCCUUUUAAGAAUGAGUAUAUUGGCGGCUUCAAGAACAAUCUUUUUGAUGGAAAGGGUAAAAUUACAAAUGAAUUAGGGGUGAUUUACGAAGGAGAUUGGAUUCAGUAAAAGAAGCAAGGCUUUGGAAAACUAAUAGUACCUCGAGAUGGUUAAAAUCUUUUCUCUAAGAAUCUCAUGUAGUAAGUAUAUGUCGGAGAAUUCUUUAAUGACAAGAUUCAUGGCUAUGGUAAGAUGAUAUUUGAAGACGGUUCAACAUAUGAGGGCGAGUGGAUAAAUGGAAUGAAAUAAGGCAAAGGAAUCGAGAAAAGUAAUCAAGCAUCUACUAAUGCCAAAAUUUACAAGGGACUAUUUGAGAAUAAUAAAAGAGUAGGUCCUGAUUGGAUCACUCUAAAUGAACAGCAUAAAAAUAAUAGCAAUAACUUUACAACCGUGCAUAAGGUUAUUAAUAAUUAUUGA